AAAAAAAUAACGCUCCCGCUGUUAGCGGCAUGUAGCUAAAACGGUUCACUGUAGCUAACAAGAUGCACCCAGCAACUGCUGGCUAUAAUAUUGAGGUACCCGAAAGCUAAUACAUAGCGUCAUGUGCACCUAAGUCGAAAAGCUGCGGGCAAUUUUUCGACACGAAUGAUGGCCGGAAUAAUUAAAAAGCAAAUUCUGAAGCAUUUGUCCAGGUUCACCAAGAACCUGUCCCCAGAUAAGAUCAAUUUAAGUACUUUAAAGGGGGAGGGGCAGUUAUCCAACCUUGAGCUGGAUGAAGAGGUUCUGCAGAAUAUGCUUGACCUGCCGACCUGGCUGGCUGUCACUCGGGUUUACUGCAACAAAGCAGCUAUUAGGAUACAAUGGACAAAGUUGAAAACAAGCCCCAUCUGCUUGUUGUUGGAUAAGGUUGAGGUGGAGAUGAGGACAUGUGAGGAGCCACGUCCACCUAACGGCCCCUCUCCUAUAGCUAUAACAGCCGGCCAGAGUGAGUAUGGCUUUGCUGAGAAAGUGGUGGAGGGCAUGUCUGUUAGGAUCAACUCCAUUACCAUCAAAGUACAGGCUCGGGCCUUCCACGCAUCUUUUGAGCUCUGGCAGCUCCAAGGCAACAGCCUCAACCCAAAAUGGCAACACAGUGACCUCCGCUACACCCGAAUCACAGAUCCAAAGAGAGGAGAGGUGUUGACAUUUAAAGAAAUUAACUGGCAGAGUCUACGGAUCGAGGCUGACGCUAUGGAGAGUGAAGACCAGGAUCUCGGCAGCACCCCGUUACGUCUCAUCACCAAUCAGGGACGCAUUCGCAUUGCACUUAAACGCAGAAUCAAAGACUGUAAUGUGCUAGCUUCCAAGCUGUUUUUCAUUCUGGAUGACCUUUUAUGGGUGCUGACGGAUUCUCAGCUUAAAGCCAUCAUCCAUUAUGCCAAGUCUCUAAGCGAAGCCAUGGAGAAGUCUGGCCAGCAGAGGAAGAGCAUGACUGCUGAAUCGCUACAGACAGCUCCCACAUCGCCUGGCCUUCACAGCCUUUGGACAGAGCCCCCACCUGCUCCAACUGGAUCCCCCAGCAACCUGAGUCAGUACUUUGACAUCUUGGAUGUGAAGGAGUCUUCAUAUCACACUUUUAUAUCCCGCUUGGACUUGCACAUAUGCACAGACUCCUCUUCAGUGGAUGAAGAUGAAACUCAACCUCCAGGUUUGCAGGGGGCCAUGCAACUUACCUUCAAGAAGCUGGGUUUUGAUUUUUAUCCCAUACACAGACCUGCUGAUGGGUGUCGACAUUGGGAGCACUACAGUGGAGCCAUGGAGGCUCAGGCCCAGUGGGCAGGGAAACUGCUACAGGAAUACCUGAGAAGAGCAGAAGCUUCAGAUUUCCCAGGGCUACAUACUGAAGACUCCCCUCCAAUGACAGAUCAAGCUGUACAGUGGAGCCCCUCUCACAGAGAUCAGGCAUCUGGCAGAAGCUCUACCACAGCUCCCUCAGGGUCAUCACUGACGAGGCUGCGGUCAAGCUGCGUGGUCGUCAGGAUCCAUGACGUAGAUAUUUACCAGGUAUCGACAAGAGGGCGUCAGCACAAGAAGACCCAGACUUUAAUAUCCUGCAACCGUAAAACUCUGCAUUUUCCAGACAGUGUACCAGCUGUUCAUCUGCAGUUUACUGAGUAUUACUUCCCCAACAACCCCAGUGUGUCAGUGCCGACUUCAAACCUGUAUGCACAACUAAAUGGUUUGCAGUUGUGUAUAGAUCCAACCAGCAUUUUGUGGAUCAGUCUGUUUUAUAGAGGUCUGCUGCACACCCUAGACCAGGUCAAAGCUUUCUAUCACUUACAAGACAGUAGCAAAGCUGAAGAGCAUGUAGACAUUCGCAUGGAUGCUACACAGCUCAAGGUAAUAAUUCCCCUGGAUUCAUCCAUUUUGGACCACCCAGAGCGUCCCCAGUCCCUCUGUGUUAAUGUACCCCACAUGGUCAUCAGCAACACCCGCCAUUGUCCUCACGGAACCAGAACUGACCUCAACAAUACCUGCAAUGAUUUUGCCCAUUGCUCUUUCUUCCACCCCAAAGUUAUGGCAGACUCCACAGACCAGAGUGCCUUUCACCCUCUUCCAUCAGUCUUCCUUCAGCACUCUAAUGAUUUAGAGUCCCACUCUCUGGAGAGUAAACUGUUACGUUCCCGGGAUAUCUGGUCACUGAGUCUGUCUCGUGUGACUCUCGGCUUUGAUGGAGCUCGACGAGUUCCCAAAGGCAGAACUCAGCCCUUUGUUGAGCCCUUUGCCAUGUCUGUGUGGAUGUGCCAGCCUUCUGCCUUUAGAUGUAGCUCGUUGUCUCCGCCCUUCAGUCCCAGAAGAGCUCAGCAGUUCUCUUCAGAUGAGGAGCCUCAUCAGGAUGAGGCUUCACUUGUCUCGAUUCACUUCUUGGCUCAGACCAUCACUCCAGUGAGGAUGUGGCUCAAUCACUAUCAGUACGUUGCUCUCUUGAGGAUGAAAGAUGCCAUGGCCCGCUUAGGGGCAGAACUGGGUCAGCAUGUGCAACAUGCUAAGCAGUUCCAUGGCCAGAAAACAAAAUCUGCUUCAGUGUCUGUUUCCCUUCUUGUGGAUUCGGUGGAAGUGGGACUCCUGUUACCACCAACGUCCAGUGAGCCAGAGGAAGCAGUUCCCCACACCCCAGAGACGGACAGUCCCAGUGUAACUGACUCUGACAUCUCCCCAACUCAUCACUCUGCAGAUGCAGUGCUGGAGGACAGCGGGCUAGAAAAUGGCAUCUCUUCCAUCAGUACAGCGGUCACCGCUUAUGACCACGAUGAGCAAGACGAGGUGGUGGAGGAAGCGUGUGAGGCCAUGGAGGAGGGGUUGGAGGUGGGUGGGUCAAUGACACAGGAGAAUACUGCUGCCCUCUCACAUCCCCUUUCACCUGCAUUUUCCCCAGUCCUGUCCCGUGACCAGUCUACCUUUAGCCUGGAGGGAGAGUUGUCAAGCGCCAUUAAUGCCACCAAGGAUGUGACCAAAGACGCCAUUAGUGCCUCUCUGGAUCUAACCAAAGGGGCGUUUUCAAUAACAAAAGAUGCCUUCAACAUGUUGAGUCGUGGCUCAGGCAUGAACAAAUUGUUCAGUCCACAGGCAAAGGAACAUAUCCAGCAUUCAGAGGAGUCACCCCCCUCUCUGGUUACAAAUCUCCACCAGCAAGCCGUGAAGCAGUCGCCCUCCCAGCAUUCGUUUGACAGUGCCAUCUUGGAUGGAAGUCUGCCUGAUGAGAAUCUCUCUGUGGAUAGCAAUGCCAGCGAGAAUUUUGUUGUUCUCAUGGAGUCAGAGUCAGGUAUGGAGCCUAUAUAUCCCAGAAACCCUUCAGUUCCUGUUGGAAGCCAAGCCAGCCCGGCCCCAGGAACAGAAGGCAGUUCAUCGGUGGACCUCAGCAGUUCCCUAUCCCAAAGUACUGAGGAUGUGACUCAGGAUAUGUCAUCAGUGUUGUUACUGAUCCUGAGCGGAAUUGCAUGUAUUAUGAAAGUAAAGGGAGACAACCAGCUGGUGACUGUCGAAGCCCAGAACCUGCGGCCUGUGCAGAUGGGAAACAUCAGGGUAUCUGACCUACUGGCUGGUGUCAUACAAGCUCCAACUGAACCUAUCCAAAAGCACAGCAGACUGGGUAACAAUCCGUCAGUGUGCAUGCGAGCAGAAAUGGGUCCAUCUGUCCUGGGUGACUGUACGAGCUUUAUGGAAAUUAGAAUGCAAGACUGUGAGGCAGAGUUGUUGGCGUCAACAGUGGCAAACAUGGGACCUUUUCUUGAAGAUGAGUUUGGUGCUGAUAGUCAGCCAAUGAAGUUGCACUUCAGUAACAUCACAGUCUCUGUAAAGGAUGAUGGCCCAAGAAUUUACCCAACAGCCCCUCAGCCAGUCCCAUCCACCUUCAUCGUGGAGCAGCUGUUGCUUGAACGCAGUGAUGAUGGCAUCUUGAGACUCAAAGGUACAGAACCUAAAGACUCAACAAGAAUUUCUGCACUGACUCAGGACAACCUGAACAGUUCCUGCUGUGUGCAACAGCACAAGAAACAAGCACUGGAAACACAGCUCAGUGACGCAAAGGCUGCUCUCACACAAGCACUCAAUGACAGAGCUCGCCUCCUUCAGGAAGUCAGGAAGUACAACCCCACAUUUACUCUCUGAGCCACACCGUUGCUAACCUCUCACUGCUUUUACUGAGGAAAAGUGAUGCGACGCAUCAGGAUCUAUGUCAGAAACCAGCAUUACGCAGUCUAGAUGUUUGGUCUGAAAAGAAAUGUGUGGGUUUGAAUUAUUUCAUACUGUUUGAGAGAUUAAAAAUGAGACCCUAUAAUAUGGUGAGCAACUGUACUUAUUGUUUAGUCUUUAAAAAUGUUUGCCAAGACUAAGAAGUCCAGUUGCUUUAGAGUAAGCUGCUAGGUCUGUCCUACUUGUAUGACAGAGCCAUCACUGACAGAGCUCCUGUAAUAAUUAAUAACUGACAUAGGUGCAUCACUGGUACUGCGGUCAUCCAGUAGUAGAAUGUUUUAUCACUGCUUUACUCAAAUAAUUAUUGCAUUGUUUUAGUGUGGUCAGUCAGUUAGUUAUGUAGUUUGUGUUUGUCACACAGCAUGCAAGUGUAAAUAUUUCUGGGUAUUUAUGCUAGUACCUCACUUACCACGUGCACCAACACUGCCAGUGAGCUGCUGGUCAGUCAGUUCUGUAAAUCAAAUAAUCAGGUAUGCUUUGUGAAGAAUCCCAAUUUACACCUUCAUACGAGUAUAGUCAGAUAUUUAAAUAUUAAUGAUGUACAUUACAUCUGUUAACUGCAAAAAAAAAAAAAAAAAACAGAUGUUCCUUUUCAUUUGAAAAAUAUUUUUAAAUACCAACUGGUACUGUUUGAUAUGUAAAAAUGUCGAGGAAUAGGGGGAAAAUGCACUAUUUCAAAGCAGAAAUGUUCCACUUACAGACAGAUGCAACUUGGUGUGUUUGUUGGGUGAUUUUUCACCACCUUGGACUGAUUACACCUUCUUAUCAAGUAAUUGGGAAAUGGCUUGAAUUGUUCCCCAGGAUUAUUUUACUUUCCGUUGUGAAAUGUUCAGACUGGUUUUAUUGUACUGUGAAACAUUGUCCUCUGGCUGAGUGUCCAUCUAAGACACUCUGUUCUCUCACCUCGCUGCAGACUGGCUUCAGUAUUAUGGGUUAAACUUUUUUUUUUUUUUUUGCUUAAACUCUGGUCUAAAGAUGUUCUAACCCUGCUCCUGGAGAUCACCUGCUUGUUUUCUUCAUGUACCUGCUGCAGCCAUAGUUAAUUAGUUAUGUCUUGUGUUUCCUCGUGUUUGAUUGGUUGAGCACAUCUGACUUCUUUAGCAGUGUACGGAGCAGGGAGUUUGAAAAUGUGCAGAUCAGCUGAUCUCCAGGAGCAGCGUUGGUGACUCUAAGAUACAGAAGAUACCAGAGUUACAAUACUUGAUCUGUUUUGAAAAGUGUUAUGUAGCUUGCCAGG